UGUCACAGUAGGUGGUCGAUCUCGAGGUGACUUUUUUAAAGAACAGUCCUGUGAGAGUGGUGACAAAAUAUUAAUAUUUACCAGAUGGGGAUGCACAAAGGGGUCAGAGCUCCAGUCGAUGAAAUGGAAUGUUCUUGUGUGGAAAGUAAAGUUAAGCUGGUGAAGAGUCCGCCUGUCAAGCUGGGGUCCUCCGCUGCUCACAAGAUGAGUGACGUGCUAGUCUGUUUUAGGUGCUGUGUUGCCGAGCAACCACAGCCGAAGAGGCGUAGGAGGAUAGACAGGAGUAUGAUAGGUCUACCAACCAAUUUCCAACACACAGGACACAUAGGAUCAGGGGAUGUAUCCAAUUUUAGCUCACCUGGGGUGAAUUCCAUACAGGGACAAAUGUCGUCCAAGGGGGGCUAUGACCAUGUAUCUCCUGUUAGUGUUCACUUAGAUGUUAGAGAUUUACAAGAUGUACAGAAGUCAUGAGGGUUGCUCACUGUCCUUUAAUGGAUGAUAUUUUAUAAAAGAAAACAAACUGUUCACACUGCCCAGCCCCCAUUGCUGUAAUAUAGCUGUGUCCAGAUCUCCAUUCAAUAUAACUACACAAUAACACUGCAGCAGGGAGACAGCCUAUGCAAACACAGUCUGAAGAAAGCAUUGACCAAAUGAACAAGAAUGCAGACAAUUAUAGACUGACAGCAGCUGCACAUUGUAUGCUGAGAUGAUGCAUGGGUUUUGAUAUACUUAUAUAUAUAUAUCAGAUAUAUCUGGAUAUACAUGAUGCAAAGGGGGCACAGUAGUGUAGUAGCAGCAGCAGCUUUGUGGUGCAAAAUUCAAAACUGAAAUAUGGAUUUUACACGUACUAGUAUAUGGAUACGCAUGUCAUAACACAUAUAUACACACAUCAGCACAUCACUGGACUGUCAAAGCAGACAUGAAGUACUGGUUUUAUUUAUCAAAAGGAACCCCAGGUGUCUGGCUCUCAUGCCUCCUGGCGUCUGCAGUAUUUUACCAAGACGCUGGUAGUGAUAGCAGUGAAGUUUUCUGGUCUUACAUUACUGGGAGCACAGAACAUGUCAUGGACAGCCACAUGUUUUGAACAUGGAGAACUCCAUUGUCAUACUAAGGUAGUCCUCAUAACAGCAAAAAUGUGAAUUGUUUCAAUGUUGGUUAUAUUCAGAUGGUAUAUAUAUUGGAUGCACUGUCAAGGGCAAUGGCAAACAUUUGGAUUUAUGGUAUACUUUUUAACAGUGCAGUAUGAUUAUAAAUAUAGAAGUCUUUUAGUAUGUGGAUCACGCUACUAGAUGGAUAAUUUGAAGCAACACCAAUGACUUGGGAUAUUGUCUGGAUUUCACUAGAAAACAAGUUUUCACUGCAACUGGAUGGCAUUGUUGCUCAGUUUUUUCCCCAAGUUUUGUCAUGCUUCUGGACUGGCCUAUCUCUGGACCUCGUGAUUCAUACAUUUUAAUUGUCAUAAAUAUGAUUGGCGGAAACGAUUUACAUUUUCUACAAAUGUGGCAACACCCCUCAGAUUUUUUUAGAAUUUCCUAUCACUGAUUAGAUUUUAAUUAACAUAUACAGCAUUUAGUUUUAGGAGAGCAUGGGGAGUAGACAUAUAAGUCAGCUGAUUACUGUCAUGCUCAGGACCCUUUUCACAUGAAGCAGUACACUUAAGGAUACAUUCUGUACUAUUUCACUUAGACUGGACACAUCCUUACUUGUUAUUAUGAAACAGGUUGUACUGGCUUUAACUAGCUUGAAUCCAUCCCACUGUUUAGGCAGAAGUUGAUCAGUUGGCUGUGUGUGCAUGAGCACAGGGGUUGUGUUUAGGUGACCCCCUCACCUAAAAUUUGGACAGUUAAGUGGUUUAAGUUCUCUCAAAUUGGACUGGUACAGACACUAUUGCUCAAGUAUACCACUCAAUAUGAGAAGGCCUUCAAAUUUCUUCAAUUCAUUGCUGAUGAUUUACUCACCAUCUGCUUCCUGUUGGGCAGUAUAGCCCAAAGUGGACAUCUAAAAGUAUAUCUUACAUAUUGCAAAAAGUUUUUAUCGUAUAGUUUUCUCUUUAUUCAAUUCAGUUGCCAUUGAAGUUAUACUGAAGAGAUAAAAGGUGACUUUUGCCACAGCUUUUAAAAAAGAUGCUUAAUUUUUCAAUCAGGUUUUGCCUAGAAAUAAUUGGUUUGUUCACUGCCUUCAAUAAGGGACCAAACACCAUUCUUAUCUGUAAAAUGUGAGGGGUUGAUAAUUUGUUCUGCACUGUAUAUUAGUGUAUAUACCUAUAGUAGAAUAAGUAUUUUAUAUAUUUUCAUCAUUAAAUAAUGCAUUAAGAUCUAUACAUUCAUAAUAACAAAGGUUUUCAAAGCCAUGGUAUUUUAGCUUACAAGUAUGUUGUAACGCAAGGCAGUGUGCUUUGAGAUUGCAUUCAUCUUCUUUAUUCUGAAAUUUUCAUAAAAAGAUAAUUAGUAAUUCCAAACUGUUCAAGACCUAAUUAUAGUAUUAGUAGAUCUUGACAAUUUCACAAAUUUUCACACCACAGAAAUUAACUUGGCAAUAUUGUGCUCACAGUUUGACAUGAUCAGUGAAAGCACUGCGCAAAUUUUAUCAUUAACUUUAUUUCAGUUACCUGCUAAGUUUGUGUUGUUCAGGUUUUUUUAAUGCGUUGAUAACUUAAAAUAUUGUUAUCAGAUGUAGUCCUGACUGAAACCAUGAAAACCACACAAAAAAGCAGGAUUGCAAUUUUAUCUUUUAUUAUUUAGCACCUUUUACCAAAGUUACAGCAGCUCAGACUGGCUUAAUGAACAACAUGAGGGCAAUGUUUAAAUGAUAGUAGUUUUUGGUGGAUCGCUGGUAUUCCAGAAGUUUUUUAGUCCUUUUCUUGUUUUCAUUUUAUAUAUAUGUAUAUUUAGCAUCAUGUCAGUAAUUCUGGAGAGAAAUAAUUUAAAAAUCAUCUUUAAGAGAAUUUUCUUUUUGCAAUCAAAAAUUUGCAAUUGCUGUUGUGCUGUAGUGUUUGAGAAAUGAAUGAUCACUUGUAGAGAAUGAGUGAAAGUUUGUAUGCAAGGGGAAACUUACAAGAAAUGUUGAACAAAAGUUGAAAUUAUGAUGCUCAGUGAAACAGUUUUCCUAGUGGAAACUGAGGCAUUUUUCAAGGAACACCCAGUUUUUUAGUUGCAAGAAUUAAAAAAUUCUGCUACGUGCUGGUAUGUAGCCCAAUGCUUAUUUAUUAUAAAGGUUGUGAAGCUAAAUUCUUACUUAUCAGUAGGACUUGAACUCUGGAUAUGGAUUGUAUGAGUAUUUGCAUUAAAUACUGUCAAAUUGAUUCA